AUGGCACUUCCUAGUACCUCAGUCAUACCUAUCUCACCAAAACGGGAUUCAAGGACAUCAUUUAUGGAUAGCAAGCCAGACAAAUCCAUGCGGCUACCGGCUUCGGAGUGUGGACCGCGGCCAGUCAAAAGAGGUAGAGCAAGCAAACCUAAGGUCAAGUCAGGUUGCAUUACAUGCAAAGCUCGUCGUGUAAAAUGUGAUGAGACAAAACCACAAUGUCUUCGAUGUCGAAAGUUCGGACGAACAUGCGAUGGAUACGCUCACGAGACCCCAUCACGAGGAAUCAUGAUGCCACUCCAACCUCGAAUUCCAACAACAGAUUUAUACACCCCUAGUAUUUCUCUGGAAGCAACAGAGGAUGAAGGCCGGUACUUCCGAUAUUUUUGUGAUCAAACAGCAUACCAACUACCAGGUUAUUUCGACCCCACUUUUUGGAAACAUAUCAUUCUCCAAGAAAGUCACAAUGUCACUCCAAUCCGGCAUGCAGUAAUCGCCAUUGGAGCUCUCAAUAAAGCAAUUGAAGAGGCACCUAGGCCAAAUCUGAAAGUCAAUGUCAUUCAAGAUAUAAAUAAGAAGCAUCAUGAGUUUGCUGUCUUACAACAUCUCAAAGCCAUUCAGGCUUUGAGCCAAUACAUAUCUAGUUCCAAUGGGCCUCAAUUGAGAACAGCUCUCAUGGCAUGUUUACUUUUCGUUUGCUUUGAAACCAUUCAAGGAAGUUAUGCUUCAUCAGUGCAGCAAACAUAUGGAGGCUUGAAGCUACUGAGAAGUUAUUAUGCUGGAAAACCUGGAUCGAAACCGUGGAUUCCACGAAGGAUCUCAGCGGGUUUAAAUACCAAGCCACAAAUUGAUAAGAUUAUUGCAAAGGUUCAUAGUCGACCAGGUAUGGACAGCUCCUCCAAAUCAGCAACCAUCUCAUCACAUAUCGAAGAGUAUUUGGAAUCUGAAAAGCCCUCACUUCAAUCUGCCCAUACUCCCACGAUUGAUAGGAUACCUACACCGCCGCAAAGGGAUUAUAGUCCACGGCUUGAUGAAAUCGCCAUAUCAGCACAUUAUAAGUCAAAUUUAACAUUAGAACAACAACGUUCUCUAUCAGGUACACCGACUCAAGAUUAUCCGAGUGCCUAUCAUACCCCUAGUGAGUAUGUAUCGCCGAAUGAACACCAGAGCUCCAAUAUUGUGAUGCCAAUUGCACUUAAUGGAAGAGGUCCUUCAUCAAAUGGUUCAACCUCGAUGUUGCGCACUCCAGAAUCAAUUCAUACUCCUCCUUCAAUGGGUAAUACACCUCCACCUACUACUUACAUAUCUUCUCAAUCCCCACCUAUACUCAAUAAUCCUCGAAAACGACCUUUGCAAUCAAGAACUCCAACUCCACCUAUUUUAAAUAAUGACUUCACGUUGGAGGAGAAUAUUAUACAGGCAUUUGUUCGCCUAGAUGGUCAAGGAUUAUUCUUUGGUAUGACACCAGGCAUUCCGCCCUUGGUUUGGGAUAUUCACGCUGCACAUCAUAUUCCCAUACCAAAAGUAUUCACAAGUUUUUCUGAAGCUCAACAUUGUUGGGAUUUUUUAAUGGAUCGAACACUUCAAUACUAUCGAAGAACUUUAUUUGACAGGAAAUUUGCUUCAGCGAAAAGUGAUACCGCGGAUGAAAUAGCACAGCAAUAUGCAGAAUAUGUCGCUGGACUAAAUGAGUUCGAACAGGCUUUCCAGCCCAUCUUGAGUUCUUCGAUAUCUCCAGAAGGAAAGGUACUUAAUCAGGCCGCUAUUGUUCUUAUGACGCAUCUCAAAGCUACAGCUAUCACACUCUCGGCUGUCACUUCCACCUCAGAAAUGAUCUAUGACUCGUUCAUGAACGAUUUCCAAUACAUAGUUCAAGCGGCGGAGAAGCUCGUUACAACAUUUGAGCCAAAUCCUUCGGCUAUCAAUUCAUCACGAUUUAGUUUUGAUAUUGGUAUUGUUCCUCCAUUACAUGUAGUAGCCACCAAAUGUAGGGAACCAAACAUUAGAAGAAAGGCAUUAGAUCUAUUAUUUAGAACUCCGAGACAAGAAGGGAUGUGGGAUGGUGUAUUGAGUGCUAGGAUAGGCUUAUGGAUUUGUGGCUGUGAGGAAGAUGGAUUAGAUGUCCCUAGGAGACUCGAAGCCAAUGCACAAUCAGACUACAGCAACCAAAGAUCUCAACAAAGGGAACCAAUACAAUCGUACAACGGAAGAUUAUCACCAGAAUACUUUAAUUAUAUCGAAACGAACUCGAAUGGGGACAUAAUACAGGAAGGCUUUUCACCCUACUCAUCACAAAGUCAAAGUCCAAUUCAUCGAACACCUUCGCCAUAUACUCAAGCUCGUACACCUCCUAUUCGCGACCACUUUCCACUAAUUCAACAAGAGAAUCUCUGGGUAAUACCGGAAGAAAAACGAUUUCAACUGGUAAUUGUGGAUUUUCAUAUACCAGAGCGUUAUAUUAUGGUUAAAUGUAAAAGGUCAGUGCCAAGCAAAGAUGGUACGAGAGAGGGAAGAGAGACCAUUAUUGCUUGGUGA